AAGUGGUAUUAUAUAUUUUGUUUAAGUAUUAAAAUAUCUAGAAAAGCAAGUUUUUCCAACAAAGUCGAUUUUAUAAAGGAGAUAUCGCCAAAAAACUGAAAAUUUUAAAAAUAUACACCUUUACGAUACCGAAAACGAGGCUAUUCCUAGCUAAAACGGAAGUGACGUCACAACACAUCAGUUUGCGCCAUUUUUAGAAAGUCUUCUAUUGACCUGUGCGUGUUUUCCGGCGAAUAAUGGCCAGCAAAAGUGUCGGACGCAUGUGUGUUGUAGCGGGAUGCAGCAAAAGACAGUCAGAUGGCGUGUCGGUUCAUGUUUUCCCCAAAGAUGAGCGACUGCGAGCGGCCUGGUGUCGUUUUGUGAAGCUGACGAGGGCAGACUGGUCUGGUCCUUCGAAAUACACCGUUAUCUGCAGUGACCAUUUCAACGAGGAUUGCUAUGAGGUACAUUUCUCGCUCAUGAAGGACUUUGGGAUCCCAGCGAAGAAGCGUCUACGCCAGGGGUCCAUACCAAGCAUAUAUCCCAAGCGGAAAAGAGACCAACUGAACGAUGCGUUCCUGGAGUCUCCCCAUGUAAACACCCCUACUCCAGUACGAGGAGCCCAUGCAAAGCGUGAGAGGAAUAGGGUAUUGGCAGAGCUGCUUCAUGACAACACAGAGGUUGAAGAAAUACAGGAAGAGUCGCAAGACCAGGAUGAAUGUGUUGGGAUCCAAACAACGCCUGUUCCCUUUCCCACACCUGUUUCGUACUAA